AGUGAGGAAAAAGGAAAGUGGGCGAGUUGGCCGAGUCUUGAAGCAUAAUCAUCGUGAUAUCGUGCAUGCAUUUUGUUGUUGUUGUUGUGCCCAUCUCUCUUCUCUUCUCUACUCUCUCUCUCUCUCUCCCUCCCUUUCUUUCUCUCUCCAAACCCUUUCAUAUGGUUUUCAACACACGUCUUCUUCCCCCAAAACUCGAUCGCCCGAUUCAAACCUCCGGUCAUCGGAAUCUGACUCCCAACUCCUACUCAACAACUUCUCCGGCCACUAUAUCAAUCCAAGGUCAGUAACUCCACAACACUCAAAGAAUCGAACAGAAACUAAACCAGCAUAUACAUAUAUAUACAUAUCGUUCUUCGUAGAUGCACCGGGAAAUGAGCUAGUUCUGUUCUUUUGGAGCAGUUUGUAAUCUGAGUCGAGUUUCAGAGUUCUUGAGUGUGAGAAUGGCUUGUAUGAAUGUGUCGUGUGGUGCUUCGACUUCGAUUGAAUGGAAGAAAGGUUGGGCUUUGCGAUCUGGUGGAUAUGCUAAUCUCUGUGAUAAGUGCGGGUCUGCCUAUGAGCAGUUAGUAUUUUGCGACGUUUACCAUUCAACAGAAUCUGGUUGGAGAGAGUGCAUUUCAUGUGGCAAGCGUCUCCAUUGUGGGUGCAUUGCUUCAAGAUUUCUGCUUGAGCUACUCGAUUGUGGUGGUGUGAAGUGUGCAAAUUGUGCAAAGAAAUCUGGAUCUCACCCUAUUACCAGUGCUGAUAAGCCUAAUGAACUCGGCACAUCAAAAGUCAGUGAGCUGCAACAUAUUUCUUCCAAUGACCAAUUAGACGGAAAUAACAUUGAUAGCAUAAAGUUCAUGCAGUUGAGCAAUGAUACAGAGGGUAUUGGGCUUAGGCACUUACUUCAAUCUCAGAAUGAGGAAACAAAUGGUUUGUUCCGGAAAAUGAAACAGGAGGAAGUCCCACCAGUAGGAGAGGCUGGAAAUACAUAUCUCUCAAGUUUUAAUCAGGGAUCCACUGGAUCAUCUGAAGCUGCCAAAGCGGAACUUCGCAAAGCAAGUAUAGGAGCAAAUGAUGUAUAUGAAGCACUACCACAAACAAAUUUGACUAUGACUCUUGGUGGUCCUUUAGGACAUUCAAAUUCGUUCCCUGGUGCUAUUAUUGAUGAGAGGGAGCAAAGUAAAACAUCUUCCUUGUUUUUACAAGGAGCUAGGUCUAGGCAUCUUUUGCCAAAACCCCCAAGGUCAACGGUAGGUACAAGUUUGGAAGCAAACACUAAUAUGGCCUCGCAGGUACGUGUUGCACGGCCACCUGCUGAAGGGCGGGGAAGGAAUCAGCUACUUCCUCGUUAUUGGCCUAGAAUUACUGAUCAAGAGUUGCAACAGAUAUCUGGAGACUCAAAUUCUACCAUUGUCCCAUUGUUUGAAAAGAUGCUCAGUGCCAGUGAUGCUGGUCGAAUUGGUCGGCUGGUUCUUCCAAAAGCAUGUGCUGAAGCGUAUUUUCCUCCUAUUUCUCAACCUGAAGGUCUUCCCUUAAAGAUUCAAGAUGUAAAAGGGAAAGAGUGGGUAUUCCAGUUCAGAUUUUGGCCCAAUAAUAACAGCAGGAUGUACGUUUUAGAGGGUGUGACCCCAUGCAUCCAGUCCAUGCAGUUGCAAGCAGGAGAUACUGUGACUUUCAGUCGUAUGGAUCCUGAGGGAAAACUUAUUAUGGGAUUUCGGAAAGCAUCAAAUUCUGUUGCAAUGCAGGACACUCAUCCAUCUGCCAUUCACAAUGGCGGUCAUUCAAGUGAACCUUUCAUUUCGGGUGUUUUUGAGAACCUACCUAUAAUAAGUGGUUACUCUGGCCUUCUUCAGUCACUGAAGGGAAGUGCGGAUACCCACUUACAUGCACUAUCCAAACAAUUGUCUUCAGCUAAUGCUGAUAUUAGCUGGAAUAAAAUUGAGAAGCAUGAGGGCAGAUCAAGGGAGAGCUUGUUGCUGCCUUCGUUAAUGGUUCCAGAGAGGAAAAGAGCUAGAAAUCUUGGUUCGAAAAAUAAGAGGUUGCACAUUGAUAGCCAGGAAGCUCUGGAGUUAAAACUUACAUGGGAAGAGGCUCAGGAUUUGCUUCGUCCGCCUCCUUCUGUCAAACCAAGCACUGUCAUGAUUGAGGAUCAUGAAUUUGAAGAAUAUGAAGAACCCCCAGUUUUGGGGAAGAGAAGUAUUUUCAUAGUCCGUUCAACUGGGGAACAAGAGCAAUGGACUCAGUGUGAUAGUUGCUCUAAAUGGAGAAGGUUACCAGUUGAUGUACUUCUUCCACAUAAGUGGACAUGUGCUGACAACGUUUGGGAUCAAAUCAGGUGUUCAUGCUCUGUGCCAGAUGAACUGACCCCAAGGGAACUGGAAAGUCUUCUUAGAAUGAAUAAGGAGUUCAAAAAAAGGAGAGUACUAUCAUCAACCAACAGGCCACCAACCCAGGAAAAUGAAUCCUCCGGCCUAGAUGCUCUGGCAAAUGCAGCAAUGCUCGGAGACAAUGCAGCCGACCCAGGUACCACAACAGUCGCCACUACAACAAAACACCCCAGGCACCGCCCUGGCUGCUCGUGCAUCGUGUGCAUCCAGCCCCCUAGCGGCAAAGGCAAGCACAAGCCUUCAUGCACAUGUAAUGUAUGCAUGACAGUUAAACGCCGUUUCAAAACCCUCAUGAUGAACAAGAAGAAACGCCAAUCAGAGCGCGAAGCAGAGCUCGCCAAUAGAAAUCAGAAAACAUUAUGGGAUCCAAGAGAUGAAACAGAAGUAGACAGCACCUCCAGACAUGUGUCAUCACAGCUUGAUCCUUCAGACAACGAAACAAGGUCUGCAAACGAGUCAGAAUCCAAGAAUCAGUGUGUGCUGGCUGAAACCACCAAGGAAGCACUGGACUUGAACUCCCAUCCUGUCGGCCGGGAAGAAGAUUCGCAAGCAGGGUCAAGCCGCGUCACCAUGAUGAGCCUUCUCCAAAAUGCAAGCCGUCCUCUGGACACGUAUCUGAAGCAGAAUGGUCUAACGAGCUUGACACAAGAACAGCAGCAGCAGCAGACGAGUUCGGCAUCUCACGCUAUUCCACAGGCCACAAAUGAGAGUGAAGAGCAGGUUAAUGAGGAUCAGUGUCCUAAUCCUAUUGCUCAAGAACAGGAAAGUGAAGGUAUUGAGCAGUGCGGCGAAGAUCAAAGCCCAAAGAUCCACUCUGAUUGAUUAAAUAUACAAAUGUUUCUUGAAUUUUUCAUCUUUUUUUUUUUUGCAUACCGAGUCAUUGGUCUCCUUCGAUCUUGGUUUUCAUUCAAAGCUUUCAUUUUGCUUUAUAAUGUUCUCUCUCUCUCUCUCUCUCUCUCUCUCUCUCUCUCUCUCUCUAUGAUUUGAUCACUGAAUUAUAGGUCUCUUGCUGUAAUUUUGGCUCUCUCUCAUAUAUAUUUUCUUUAACUUAAAAGCAUAUGCAUGGUUUGUUUUUAUUGUGAUGUAUACAAAUAACAACACUUACUAAAGAAAGAAAAGAAAUGAAACUUCUGAUAA